AUGGAAACGACCUUGACCCGUCGAGCAGUCUGGAUCCAUGAAAGCUUCGAGUUGCAUCGGCCUCAUGUCUCAUUCCGCACCGCUGAGUUUGCUCAUCGUGCCGCUUUUGACAAAUUUUGUGAAAACAUCCAGAAAUCCCAGGAGCCGUUGGCCGAACAAUUGAACCGAGAGGCCUGGGCUCGUCAUGACAUUUGCGAGGAUGAUGCUGCUUCUCUGACGCCUUCGGAGUCUGGAGAUGCCGGUGAGGAAAGGGCUCCUCAAAUCAUCUUUGCUAGUCUCUCGGAUGAACGCAAGGAGGCUUUGGCUGCCGGGUGCAGCCUGACAGCACCGACGCGAAUCAUGCAUCGCGCUCCUUCUGGGCGCAAGCGCCCGGCGAGCUCCUCCAAUUCGGACCGAGGCCAUGGUCAUUGGCUGCGCGGCCUCAGUGGCCGUCUUGAUGACGUCGAGGGCUUCUGUGGGUCAAUCAUCGACAAUAAUUUCUCUCGCAGCCUUCAUGCUCGCCUCCUCCGUGUGGAGCGACUGCUGAGUGUGCGCCUGCCUGUGCUCUCCCGCGUGCUGUGCAACUUCAAGUUCUUGCAAAUUGCCGAAAAGGUAAUGGAGUUGCUGCGUGCCGAGCAGCAUCAGAAGAAGAGACCCAAGCAUGCUUGGGAGCAGGAGCCUCGGGGCAUUGCGACCUUUACAUCGGUCUCGAUGGGGGCCUCAUUCAAGUUGGGCCGUUCUGAGCACAUGCUUUGGGAGCUCAGGGCUCAGCAAGGAUUGAAGCAGGUUGAUGCGAUCGAGAAUGUGAAACUUCCAGUGCUCCCAUACGCAGCUAGGAGGGCGAAGAUGAUGGAUUGGCCUGAGAUAGCUGAUGAUAUGAAGAGGAAGUCGUUGCACCUUGUUAGGAUCAUGGUGGAGUCUGAUUUCCACGCCACGAAGCUCGGGACCAUGCUUUACGAGCUUAGCGGGAGCCUCGACAAGGAACCUCAGAUCCAAAGGACCAUCGAGCUCACCUUUGCCAAGAAGGCCGCUGCUACCCUGCAUAAAAGGACUCUGGCAUUUUGGAAGAUGUUCGUGUUCCACGUGGAUCGGGGCCACAAGUCGGGGCUGCAUAUGAGCGAAUCCAGCAUCUUCUUGUACUUUGAGUCGCUGCAGGGUGGGUCUGCAACUGCUCCUCAAAGUGCCCUUGAAUCGAUAUUCUUCAUGCACACCCUCCUGGGCAUUAGGGCGCCGAUCGAGGACCUGGUGUCGCAUCGCAUCCGGGGCUUGGUCCACGAGGCUGCCAUAACGAAGAGACCCUUAAAACAAGCGAGGGGGCUCACGGCGGAGGAAGUGCGAUUUCUUGAGAAGCUUGUGGCGAAAAGUCCAGACACGGCCGUUGUGUGCAUUGCAGGGUUCUUCCUCUACGCACUCACCAAUAGCGCAAGGUGGGGUGAUGCCCAGGCAUCCACUUUGCCAACCAUCGAUGUCUCGGGGUCGCGGCCGGUCCUGAGUUCUGGGACGCUUCGGCACAAGUUGGCCAGCACAGCUGAGAGGAAGACCACCUUGCUUCCUUUUGUGGGGUUUGGUCAACUGGUCACAGGCACUGCCUGGGCACCGAAGUGGCUUGACGCCAUGAAGAGGGCACGCCUGCCUAGGACUGGUGUGGACUACAUGCUGCCCUCGUGGAAUGAAUCUUCCAGCCAGUUCAUCCGGAGGCGGAUGACGAGCGGGGAGGCCACUCUCCACUUGCGCGAGAUCCUUAGUCAGAUGGAGCAUCCGCCGCUGCAACCUUUGCCAUCGUCGCAUAGCUUGAAGGUGACGCUGCUGGCUUGGAUGUGUAAGUCAGGGCUCUUUUCCUUGUCCGAGAGACAGAUCAUUGGGCAUCACCUUGAUCGGCCAAGCACCAGCGCACUUACCUACGGGAGGGCUAACUUCGUGGGCCCUUUGGGAAAGGUGGCGGGCAUGCUUACAAAGAUCCAGGAUGGGUCUUUCAGGCCGGAUGCUUCUGCGGCUGAUCUGAUAGCGCAGCAGCUUCAUCAGGAAGAGGUGGCAUCGGACGAGUUGGAAAGGAAACUGCAUGGUGCUCCCUGUGCCUGCGAGGACAGUGCCUCAGAUGACAUGGGGCAUGAUGAUGCGGAUCAGGCGGUGUCUGCAACGGUGCCGGCGGCUGAACGCCGCAUGGUGGAGGCUCCUGAUCCGGACCAGUAUUUGGUCCACCUGUCCUCGGGUACGCUUCAUGCAUUGGACCCGGAUUCUGAUAGAUUCCGAUGGGAGGCCGAAAACACCGAAUUAUGUCAGGCCGAAGGCUUCCACUUCAAGCCCAUACCCCUUCUGUCUGGUGUGCCAGCGUGCACAGGACGCAGGGGGUGA